CCUUGUUGUUGUGGUUAAAAUAUUUUGCGUUGGGAACCACGACGGGAAGAAGAUGGCGAUUGAUUCACGAGUUAGUUGAUCGCUUUCCGCCAUCCAAAGAGACAAAAACACAAGACAGAACCCAAACAGAACUGAAGAAUAGGAAACAGAGAGAGACGAAUGGGUUCGCUCAAGGACGGUCAAAGAAGGGACUUGGAGGGAGGAGAAGAAGAAUCGGAGGAGCCGCUAUUAACGGCGCAGAACCAGAGGUUCACUAUGUUCCCAAUUAGGUACAAGUCGAUUUGGGAGAUGUAUAAGAAGGCUGAGGCCAGCUUCUGGACUGCUGAAGAAGUUGAUCUUUCGACGGAUGUGCAGCACUGGGAAAAGUUGUCGGAUUCAGAGAAACAUUUCAUCAGCCAUGUUCUGGCCUUUUUCGCGGCAUCAGAUGGGAUUGUUUUGGAGAAUUUGGCCGCUAGGUUCUUGAAUGAUGUCCAAGUCCCUGAGGCUCGUGCUUUCUAUGGGUUUCAAAUUGCCAUGGAGAACAUUCAUUCUGAGAUGUACAGCCAACUUCUGGAGACGUUUAUAAAGGAUUCGCAGGAGAAGGAUAGAUUGUUCAAUGCUAUUGAGACCAUUCCCUGCAUUUCCAACAAGGCUAAAUGGUGUUUAGAUUGGAUUCAAAGUCCUAUGUCUUUUGCUGUGAGGCUUGUUGCUUUUGCAUGCGUCGAAGGAAUCUUCUUCUCCGGAAGCUUCUGUGCCAUCUUCUGGCUGAAGAAGAGAGGUCUUAUGCCUGGUUUGACUUUCUCAAACGAGCUUAUAUCGAGAGACGAGGGUCUCCACUGUGACUUUGCAUGUCUCUUGUACAGUUUGCUUCAGAAGCAGCUUCCUGUGGAGAAAGUUUAUCAGAUUGUUCAUGAGGCAGUGGAAAUUGAGACAGAGUUUGUCUGCAAGGCCCUUUCAUGCGAUCUGAUUGGAAUGAACUCAAACCUCAUGAGUCAGUACAUACAAUUUGUCGCAGACCGUCUUCUGGUUACAUUGGGAUGUGAAAGGAGAUACAAAGCAGAUAAUCCAUUUGACUGGAUGGAGUUCAUAUCUCUCCGAGGGAAGACAAACUUCUUUGAGAAGAGAGUGGGAGAGUAUCAGAAAGCAUCUGUUAUGUCAAGCCUCCAAGAAGGUAAUAAGAACUACGAAUUCAAGAUUGAUGAGGACUUUUGAAUGAAAUUCGCCAUUGACUCUGGGAAGGGCUCAUCUCAUUCUUUAUGAGUUACUCCAAAAUGGGAACAGUGUAGUAGACUAGUAGUAGUAGAAGAAGAAGAAACAAACUCACUUAAAAUCACCAUUUGUUUUGGUUUUGGCUUAUUAGCAAUAGAUGUUAUGUUACUAUUAUUUGUGCCUUCUUUAAUGUGUAAUAAUAUUACAUCUU